GCCCCGGCCCCGCCCGCCCCGCCGGCUCUGAGGGCGGGCUGGCCGGGCGGCCGCGCCAUGUCGGCGCUGGAGUGGUUCGCGCACAAGCCCCUGGGCGGCGGCAUCUUCUGGAUCCAGGAGCGUUUCUACGAGUCGGGCAACCGGGCCAACAUCUGGCUGGUGCGAGGCUCGCAGCGGGACGUGGUGAUCGACGCCGGGCUGGGGCUGCGCAGCCUGCCCGACUACCUGCGGGCCGCCGGGCUGCUGUCGCCGGCGGAGGGGGCCGGCCCGCGGCCGCUGCUCGCCGUCGCCACCCACGUCCAUUUCGACCACUCGGGCGGGCUGCGGCACUUCGAGGAGGUGGCGGUGCACAGCGCCGAGGCGCCGGCCCUGCUGCGGGGGGACAACUACGAGGCCGUCACCUGGCUGUGGGAGCGGGAGGUGGCGCGGCCGCCGCGGCCCGGCUGGCGGGCCCGCCAUUUCCGCGUCCAGCCCGUGCGGCCCAGCCGCCUGCUGCAGGAGGGGGAUGUGAUCAGCCUUGGAGACCGACAGCUUACUGUCAUGCACAUGCCUGGCCAUUCAAGAGGCAGUAUUUGCUUGCAUGACAAAGAACGGAAGAUUUUGUUCAGUGGAGAUGUGGUGUAUGAUGGAUCCAUGAUCGACUGGCUUCCUUACAGCAGAAUAAGUGACUACGUUGCAAGCUGCCAGCGCCUGAUGGAGUUGGUGGACAGAGGUCUUGUGGAGAAGGUACUGCCUGGGCACUUCAACAUAUUUGGGGCGGAAAGGCUGUAUCGGCUAGCUUCCAACUACAUUUCGCAAGCUGGAGUCUGUCACAAAGUUUCUACUUGUGCCAUGAGAUCCAUUGCAAGCAUAGCACUUCGCAUUACAAAUUCCAGAGUCAGUUCCUAGUGGCAAUUCAUUUUGUGUGAUCUGUUCCCUGUUGAAAAACCAAAUGGCUUGUGCAGGUGUUGACAUAAGCAAAGGCAGUAUGCAUUAGUAAAUAGCUGGCAAACUGAUACAGAUGAGCUGCAAAAAUUCUCCUUAUUUUUGCUUACUUUCUUCCUAUUUUUAUAUAAAGUACAUGAGCUAGUAGCUUUAGCUGAAGCUACCGUUUUUAUUUCUAUUUUUUCAGGGCAUGUUUGCACACUUACUGUGAUUGAAAUACAUUGUUUUAUUUUUGUUAUGAUUCUGACAGAUGCAUAUAUGCCAAAACGGGAGGUUUUAUGUUCAUGCCUGACACCUUGUUGAUGUAGCGCUAGGCUUGUGACUGUUCACUCAACUCCUGCCCAGGUUCUGUCCUAGCACAGCUCGUGCUAAGACCUGGUGUGUGCUGGGAGCAGCACCGUUAGGCCAGAGCAAGAGCAAUGCCUGUGCAGGACUCUGGGCAGAAGGAGAGAAGGGCCAUUCUGCAGCCACUGACUCCUGCCGCUUGGUGUCUGCGGCACACUUUGCCUGCAUCGUUGCGAAGCAGCUUUCUGGCAGUUUCUUUGGAAUCCACUAACAUACAGAAAUGCUGUGGACCAAACUUCCAACCUGGAAGGUACAGCUAUAUCAGCUUAUCCAAAAAGCUUUUGGUGCAGAUCCAACAGCAGACAGACUGUUGAGGCGCUCAUGCUUCCCGAUGUGGUGCAGGGAACGCCUGUACCAUGGCAGAGGGGCAAGAGUGAGCACUCCCAUCGUCGGCUAGGGAGCUGUUCUGCUCGUAGGCAUGCGAGUUGGGAAUUAGAGAAUUUGUGAACUAAAGAAUGAACAUGUUAGACUAGCCUGGAUUAAGUAGAUUGAGCCCUUGCUUGGUGUGUUUGGUUUUUUUUUUUUUCUGAUGAGCUUAUUAAAAAACCCCAUUAUCUAGAGAGUACAUUGUUCUGUAAAUUUGAGAGAAAUGGACUGUGACAAGCUUGGAGGUUUUAUUUGUGUUUAAGAGUAUUUUUAUGUGGCUGGAUUGUAACUCGGCUUUGUGGUAAGGGAAGGGUGGAAGCUUUAACAUCAUCUUGCCCUACUUCAGCUUCUGGAUUAAACAGCUGGUACACUUGUUAUCACAAAGUGAAUGUAACUCAAACUGUUUACUGUUCGCUUAUUAAGUGUAUAGUGCCUGUGGUUUUUAUGAAAAGGCGCGCUGUAUUUGAGUCUGUUCCAAAAAAAGUUGAAUACGUUGAGAAAUGCUAAAUGACACUGUAACAUGCUUAUGAAAAUUGAAUGUGUGCUAUUUAAAAUUCAUUGAAAUGGUUAUAGUUUGUGUAAUUAUUCUAAGAGCCUAUAUAUCUUUUAACUUUUUUAAAAGGACACUGUCUGAUAUUAUUUUUGUAUAUAGACUUAUGUACUUUCCUAAAAAGACUGAAAAUGUUUUUCCCAAACUUUAGUGCAGUUUAACCAUAUUUGUUUGGCUUUCACUUUAUGGGGAAGCUUCCCCCCUCCCUGCCCCCUUCUCAUCAUUCGCAACAGAGAGAGAGCCCAAACUUUUCUCCUUUCACAGACCACUGCACUCCUCCUUUUACUAUGUGAAUAUAUUCUUCACCAGGAUUUGUACUGAUAGGUUGUGAUGUGCCUAAUUCUUGCUAUCAGUGCCUGUCUCCAAGCUGAAGCAAAAUUGUGAGUGGGCAGGACAGGCACAGCAGUGCAGUACUUGAAAGACCUGUUAUCACUCAGAUCAUGGUCUCUUUUUUGGAGAAAUCCAAGUACAUCAGUGUAUUACAUGCGGAGUGUCUAAUCAGUGGGUAGACUUCAGUCAUAAAUGAAGCCAAGAUCUUGGCCUCAUUUAGCCAGAGGAGGAAAUACAGAAGGUUAGCCUAGGAAGCAAAAAAAAUUCAGUGAAGAGUCCCAGAACAAACUCCACAGUGUGGUUUUCCUUCUUAGCCUGCUGAUGCAUGCUGCUAUUUAUGUAGCAGCCCAGACACUGUUCUUGAUAGCCGAGGGUUCACAAUGGGAAAUCACAGAUCUGAGAUGGCAAGCAGGAAGGUCAGAAUGACUAAAGAAAUACAUAGCACUGAAGGUUACACCAGUUACACAGAUGAAGCUGUGGUGUUACAGGUUACCCAGCAGUAAUUGAAUUCCUUCAAAUUAGCCAUCUCUGGUAUAAUACCAGUAGUAAUCUUGCUCUGUGCUUUUGUGAAGGCUGUAGGAGCACUGGUGGUAACCCUGUGCAAUAAUGUGCACAGAGAGACCUCUUCUGACAGCCUGACAGUUUGUAUGCCUGCUGCUAAAAUUUUGCAAAUGUAUUAGGAGAGUGACAUCAUGUUGAAUUAGUCUUUUGUGUUAGACCACUAUUGGUUGGUUGAUUUGGUCCAAUAUUAGAAGCCCUGGAGCCAGAUUUUACUGCGCUGUAAAACCUGAGCUCCUAAAACAAGGCCUACAGGCAUGCUGAUUCAAAAGCAAAGAUAGCCUUCAUCAUUUGUGUUUAAAUCUGUGCUUAGUAUCAGCUAUGAGAUCCUUAAAUGUCCAGGUCACUGUCAAAAUGCCCUAUUAAGGCAUGCUAAAGUCCAUUAAGUAUAUGUAGAUAAGAGCAAUUGCCUGGAUUUUUUUCCUUGACCAAGAUUUAGGGAAUAAUUUCCUAGCUCAGAAGUGAGCUUUAUGUGAACAUAGCCCCAAAUGGGGCAUGUUAGUAAACUGCUGCUAUAAUCCAUUUGAAAGUAGUUUUUGAGGCUCUUUAAAUUAUUUUUGUACUAUAACAAAUUCACUACUAAGGUAAAUGAUAAAUCUUAAGUAUAAAGAACUGGCUCUGACUAUUUUUGUUAAGAAUUACCAAGUUUUAGCCAUAACAGUUUGACAGUGUCCCUUUAACACUACUUGGAUUAAACAUUUAAAACAUACUUUGUAAGUUUAAAUAUUGCAGCAUCUUGGGCAUUUAGAACUGUGUUGAUUUAUUUGUAAAAUCUAAAUGUAUGUUAAUGCAGUUUCCAGUAGACUGAGGAAUUGACAAAUCAGAUGGGAAGUUUUGCUCUGUAAUCUGUUAAGACUUCUGUGAUGUUAAGCAACAGUUUACAUGUAAAAAAGUAAGUUUAUUGUAGAUAAUCAUAAUAAAAAGUUAUAAUCCUA